UGUUUUUAAUCUUUUCUUCUGUAGUGGAAUAGAAGAUUUGGAUUAUGUCGGUUCUUUGUUGUUUUUACGCCCAAAGAGGCGCAUCUUCGACGCGGAUUUCAUCAUGGCUAAUGCGGCAUCUCCUGCUGUGCGUCUUUGUCAUGGCCGUUGCGCGCGGGCAGGUCCGUUAUUCUAUUCCAGAGGAGAUGACAAACGGCUCGCUUGUGGGAAAUAUCUUUCAGGAUCUCGGUUUGGAUGUUAAGAGGCUGAAAUCUGGUCGAGCGCGGAUCUUUACGGAGGACAGUCGUGAGUACAUCGGUCUGAAUGUGGAUAAAGGGACUCUGCUAGUGAAAGAGAGGAUAGAUAGAGAGGAGCUGUGCGCCCAAGUGUCUCCCUGCUCCUUACAUUUUCAGAUUAUUCUAGAAAACCCCAUGGAGCUGCAUAGAAUUGAUGUAGAAAUGUUAGAUAUCAAUGACCAUGCUCCUGUUUUUGCUAGAAAGGAGAUUGAUUUUCAAAUAAGUGAAUCUGCUCUUCCCGGGGCUAGAUUUUCAUUAGACAGCGCCCAGGAUCCUGACACUGGCACUAACGCGCUCAAGUCCUAUAUGUUAAAUCCAACAGAGAAUUUUGAUAUAAAGGUCCUGUCACGAAACGAUGGCUCAAAAUACGUCGAAAUGGUUCUUCAAGUGCCUUUAGACAGAGAGACUCAGCAGGAACACAAAUUAACCCUUACAGCCUUCGAUGGCGGCAGUCCUCAUAAAACUGGCACCGUUAGGAUAAGUGUUACGGUCAUAGACGCAAACGAUAAUGCCCCUGUUUUCAGUCUACCUGUUUACCGUGUGUCUUUAUUUGAGAAUUCACCGAUUGGCGCUGUAGUAAUCAAGGUAAGCGCUACUGAUAAUGACCAAGGCGCAAACGGUGAGAUUGCGUAUUCUUUUUCACGCAGUUCUGGAAAAGCACUUGAUUUAUUCCAUAUUGACACAAAUACAGGUGAAAUAACCGUAGGAGGGGAUUUAGAUUAUGAGAGGGCGAAGCAGUUUGAGUUAAACAUAGAUGCUACGGACAAAGGUGGCUUAACAGAUUCUAGUAAAGUGGUAAUCGACAUUAUAGAUGUAAAUGACAACCCCCCUGUAAUAAGCGUGAUUUCAUUUUCUAACCCAAUACCCGAGGACGCAGCUCCAGAAACUGUUAUAGCGAUGCUGAAUGUCAAAGAUUUAGAUUCAGGGAGAAACGGGCAGGUUAAAUGUUCUAUUGCUCCAGAUUUGCCGUUCAAAGUAAAGUCAUCUGCGCAGAAUUUCUACAGUUUGAUCACUGAUGAAAAUUUGGACCGUGAAAAAAUGUCUGAAUAUAAUAUUACAAUAACAGGUAUUGACGAAGGCUCGCCUUCUUUCUCUACUAAUAAAACACUGACUCUAAAAAUAUCUGAUGUUAAUGACAACACCCCUGAGUUUCGGAGUCAGUCAUACACCGCAUAUGUGAUGGAAAAUAAUUCGCCCGGAGUCUCUGUUUUAUCUGUUAAAGCGCAUGACAAAGACUCUGGCAAUAACGCGCGUAUUUCAUAUUUUCUAGAGGAUUUUCUUGUGAAUGGCGUCUCUGCAUCGACGUUUAUUUCAGUGAAUGCAGAGAGCGGAGAGAUUAUUGCUGUCCGUUCGUUUGAUUAUGAGCAAACAAAAUAAUUUAACAUUCACGUAAAAGCGCAGGACGGAGGAAAUCCUCCUC